AUGUGCAGUUAUUAUCACAUGAAGAAACGCAGUGUGUCGGGCUGUAAUAUUACCAUAUUUGCUGUCAUGUUCUCCCAUCUCAGUGCUGGGAACUCACCAUGUGGAAACCAAGCAAACGUGUUGUGCAUCAGCCGGCUUGAGUUUGUUCAAUAUCAAAGCUGAAAACUAGCGAGGUCUGCUGUACUGCUUAUUGAAGUAUUGUGAUUAUUUUAGGCAUUGAUUCUUACAAAAUAUAUACUGUAACAGUAUACUUUGUACAGAUUUAAAUUUUAUUUGAAAAAAUGAAAUAAAGUAGGCAAAAAAAUAAAGAUGUUUAUUUUUCAUGUGACUGUAUAAUCA